AUGACACUUUUCACCUUUAAAAACUGUGGUAUAGACCCGAAAGGCUCUUGUGCAGCACCCUGGAAGGUAUCCAUAAAUGCAAAUAACGCAUUCUGUGGUGGCUCACUUAUUUCUGAUAGCUGGAUUGUGACGAAGGCGCAUUGUGUAAAAGACACCCCCAUUCAUGAAAUAAGCGUGAAUUUCCCAUGUGGUCUUGGGGAAUAUCACGUCGAUCGUCUGGAACUGUAUCCAAAUUCCAAUCCAGUAAGGAACAUAAACGAUAUAGCGGUAAUUCGAUUAGAGAAAAAUGGCCCCAAUGAGCACAUGACAUCGAUAUGUUUGCCACCACUGAAGAAUCAGGCCGAAGUAGUUGACCUAGAACGCAUAUUGCAAGACCUAAACACCGAGUACUCAGAUAUAGAGCCAGUGUACGUUGCGGUGCAGGAUGGCUUUAGUGGUACGCUAAUCUCAACAUUUAAUGGCCGACAAACAUUGGUCGGUUUGAUGUGUUGGGAUACUGGCAGUAGAUAUCCGAGGCCUACUUAUAUGAGUUUAGAGGAAUUUAUACCGUGGUUCAAUACAGUGAUGGCCAACGAUAAAGAGUAG